GGAAAAAUAUACUUAGCAGAGAUGCACGCGCCGGAGCCUCAGUCGGCACAAGAAAAUUAAAAACACGCUCCCGUCUUUCGUGCUUCCCCUCCAUUCGCUUCCAGCCAGAGGUGGAAUGUGGUGGAGUCAGGCCCGUUAUCGUGCCUUAUCUGGUACCACCGAACACAACCUGGAAGCCGCAACACGGCUCCGAAAAGCUCCUUCCCCGUUCCACGGCAGCUAUUGAUGAGGCAGUAACACCGAUUUCGACUCGACCUCCUGCCCUGAAGCUUUGCUUGAGUACUUUGUUCUCCUAAACCGUCUUACACACUCUUUGCCACCUUGCUAUAGCUCCUUUACGAUUGCUAUCUCCCGACAUCGACCCCUCCCUUGCCGCCUGGAGCCCCUCCGUGCUUGAAUUGAUCGCCCGCCGCGCAUUCACUUCGGCAGCCAUGGCAACUUUUCGCCGCUUCCGUCCUGACGAUGUCAACAAGUUCUCUAAAUGCAACCUCGACCCUUUGACCGAGACGUAUGAGCUUGCCUUCUACCUCCAGUACCAUGCCAAAUGGCCAGCCAUGUUCCAGGUGUGCGAGGACAUGAACGGCAAUAUCAUCGGCUACAUCAUGGGCAAGCUGGAGUCAUCACCCGAUGUCUACAAAUAUUCCGAACACUACCUUCCCUGGCAUGCCCACAUCACCGCUCUGACCGUUGCGCCAGAGGCGCGACGACUGGGUAUUGGCAAGAUUCUCUCCGAACAGCUAGAAGCCGCAGCCGACGCCAACGAUGCCUGGUUCGUUGACCUGUUUGUUCGCACAAGCAAUCACAAGGCAAUCACAUUCUACAAGGGCAUGGGCUACAGCGUCUUCCGCGUGGUCAAAGAUUACUAUGGCGACCAUGCUACAGACCCUACCCGAGACGGCGAGGACGCUUAUGAUAUGAGGAAGCCAAUGAAGAGGGACGUCAAGCUCGAGCAUAUUAGAGACGAUGGGGAGAAGCACGAGGUUGACCCAUCUGAUGUCUGGUGAAGAGCAAACAGCGUCAAUUCUAGCAAAAAACCCCGACUAUCAUUUCCUCGCAAGCCUCGCCGAGCCGUCUGUGGCUCAUAACCACGCUCCAUCGACUUGAUAGACGCUCCCGCUCACGAAGGAGCUCUCUGGGCCGAGCAGGAAAGCGAUGACGUUCCCGCACUCGUCAGCAGUGCCCUGACGUUGAAAAGACGUUGGCUCGUCGAAGGCGGCGUCGGCUGCGCGAUCAUGAAAUUUCCAAGCCUUCUCCAUUAAUGGUGUGUAGAUGGCGCCUGGAGCAACGGCGUUGACUCGAACCUCUCGGGCACCGUUCUCGUUGGCUGCCGCUCGAGUGAGCCCUAUCACGCCAUGCUUACUAGCAUCAUAUGCGCCGUGCUUGGCAAAACCUAUCAAGAGCUAGUCAGACGAGGGAAGCUUCACGAAUUUGAGCAGUAGGAAGAUGCGGCGUACCCUUGAUGCCAUGAAUCGAGGCCACGUUGACAAUGGAACCGCCGUCCGCUAUGUUUCUGAGUUCCGCCCUGAGACAGUACAUGCAACCUGUCAAGUUGACAGCAAUGAUCUUGUGCCACUCGUCGUCUUCAAGGUCCGCCACGGCUCGAAUGCCGUGGUGUUUGCCAAUGACGCCGGCCACGUUUGCAGCGCCGUCCAACCGCCCGAAUUGCUUUACUAUGCCAUCUAUCCAGGUCUCCACCUCGUUCUUCACGGACACAUCGACUUUUGUCACCGAGAAAGGCGUCUUUUGCUCCGUGAAGUAGGUAUUGGCUUGUUCAAGAGCUUCGGGGUCGAUGUCUGCAAGGCACACAGUGGCACCCCGCUUUGCGAUGAUCUUAGCCGUUGCAAGGCCAAUACCGCUGGCUCCCCCAGUAAAGGCGAAAACUUUCCCG